AUGAACAAAACCUUUGUUUUCUUGCUUUUCGUGAUUGUCGCCUCUGUUUUGGCUCAGGAUCGCCCCAGUCGUCUGCACAGAGAGAGAGUUCGCUCUCAAUCUUCUGGAUCAACAACUGAAGCUCCAGAAGAACAUCAUGAGGAACAUCAUGAAGAAGAGGAGGUGAAGAAGUCGACUGACAAAGUUAUGGGAAGCAUGGAUACCUUGUCUGCUCUUGCAAGAGUUCAACGCGAUCAGGCUGAAACCUUCCGUCUCUGGGCUUCUCAAUUCGAAGUCUUCAAGAACAACGUGAUGAAGUUCAUGGAACAGACCACCGACGUCCUCCAGAAGCAAGACAAGAAGAUCAAGACCCUGCAAAGAGUUGUUCGCAAAAUUGCCAGCGACAUUGACGAAUAA